GUAGAAAGCACUUAAAGGAAAUGUAGCUUAAGAAAUAACGAUAGUUUAAAGUUAAAUAUUAACCAGAUUCAAACAAGAUCAAGAGCAUUUCAAGUGAGGUUAAGUUAUUGGUCUGUUGAACAAGAACGAACUCCAGAAGUGAAGAAUAGGCAUGGGAAUACUCUAUUCAGAGCCCAUUUGUCAGGCAGCUUAUAAUAACGAUUUCAAUGAAGUUCAACUCCUUUUGGAGCGCAACAGCAACUACCUGAACAUCCAGGACACCUUCAGUGGAGACACCCCCUUAAUUUGUGCAUGUAAACAAGGAAACAACAGGAUAGUUAGCUAUCUUCUAAAAAGAAAUGCUGAUGUCAGCCUCAGAAACAAGAAGGAUCGCACUUGCCUGCAUUAUGCUGUGAGAAAACGGUUUACCUUCCUUGAUUAUCUGCUCAUCAUAAUCCUCAUGCCAGUUAUGCUUAUUGGAUAUCUUCUAAUGGUCUCAAAGACUAAACAGAAUGAAAACCUGAUCAGGAUGUUGCUUAGAGCUGGAGCUAACGUUAAUGCUACAGAUUUUUCUGGUAACACAGCACUUCACUAUGCUUGUGAAAUGAGAAACCAGGCAGUCAUUCCUCUCCUGCUUGAAGCUCAUGCAGACACUUCUAUAGAGAAUCAGGAUGGGGAGACUCCCUUAGAUAUAGCAAGAAGAUUGCAGUUCCACAACAUCGAAAACAUGCUGAGGAAAACAUCCUAGUCACGAAGGACUCUUGCACAUGCAGAAGAUUACCUCACCAGAUAAGCCAUCUUGCACAGCAGCAGGAGUCCUGCAGAGAGUUACUUGAUAAAGAUUUGGUCCAAAUGCACCUGUUUCUUGCUGCAGACUCUGACUGUUUUGUGAAAGUCUUGUCAGCAUACCCAAGGCCACAUUGGGAUGAAAGGAGUUUUGGUUUUACUAAUUCAUGAUAGUUUUGAAAAUGCUGUCCUUUUCAUCUGCUUCCCCAGUUUGAUUGUUCGACUUGUGCGGACUGUGGGUUCGGGGAGCCAGAUGUCAUAUUUCUGGGAUCCUGGAAGUUGCACGUGGCAGUUGGCAGAUAACGCAAAAAUAAAAUAUCCUUUGGAGUGCUGUUACUUAUUUCA